AUGGCGGUCUUGAACUCCAACGGCAUCAUUGAGUUCUUUACUGUCUUGCACAUGUCGUGGACGAAGGCGACUACCUCGAAGGCGUUGCCAACGUCGCCGAGGGCACGUUGGAAUGCACGUGGAAGGUACACCUUCGAUCUGCAAAUAUCUUCCACCAGCCGGAACUUAGUGGUCAUGAGGUACGUGUUCAGCAUCGACGACGGCAUCGCGUCGAUCUCGUCGAGGCUAAGCGGCAGCAGGUCCUUCAAGUAG